AUGCUGCUCCUCGGCCUGCUUGCUCUGCUGCAACCCGUGUGCGGCCUGGUCGCCUUCCCCGGCGCAGAGGGCUUUGGCGCCAACGCGGUCGGCGGCCGAAAGGGCGAAGUCUACGUGGUGUCCAAUCUCAACGACUCUGGCGAAGGGUCGCUGCGUGAUGCCGUCUCGAAGACGGACCGCAUCGUCGUAUUCUCGGUCGGCGGCGUCAUUGAAAUCGACGACCGCAUCGUGGUGUCCAAGCGAGUGAGCAUCUUGGGCCAGACGGCCCCGGGUGACGGCAUUACGGUAUAUGGGAAUGGCUGGUCGUUCUCCAACGCAGACGACGCCAUCGUGCGAUAUAUCCGUGUUCGCAUGGGCAAAGGCGGGGAUUCUGGAAAGGACGCCAUCACCAUCGCCGAGGGCAAGCGCAUGAUCUUCGACCAUUUGUCGGUCUCCUGGGGUCGCGACGAGACCUUCUCGAUCAGCGGCACCGCCCAGAACGUCACCGUGCAGAACAGCAUUAUCGCGCAGGGGCUGCAGACCCAUUCCUGCGGUGGACUGAUGGAGACUGAUGGAGGACUCUCCAUCUUCCGCAACCUGUAUAUUGACAACAAGACGCGCAAUCCCAAGGUGAAGGGGGUCAACGAGUUCACCAACAACGUCGUCUACAACUGGGGUGGCGGUGGAGGCUACAUUGCCGGCGGAUCUAGCAGCGAAUCUCGUGCGAACAUCAUCGGCAAUUACUUCAUCAGUGGUCCUUCGACCAGCGUGACGGCUUUCACGCGCGGCAACGAGAACUUCCACGGCUACGUCGAGAAUAACUUCUACGACCCCGAUCAGGAUGGCACCUUGAACGGGAAUAAGUUGGGCGAGUCCGCGUCUAGUUACGGAGGAAUGGAUAUUGUGUCGACCAAGUACGACUACCCAGCUGUGGCCAAGCAACUUACCCCCGAGGAGGCCGUUGCUUAUAUCCUUGAAUCCGGCGGUGCCUCCAAGGUCCGCGAUGAUGUCGAUACGCAAUUGAUCGCACAGGUCAAAUCCUACGGCACCAAGGGUGAGUUGAUCUCGGACGAAGCGACCAUGGGUGGCGCCGGCGAGCUCGACGGAGGCUCGUCGCCGAAGGACACCGAUGGCGAUGGUAUUCCCGACGAGGCCGAGGAAGAGCUGGGCACGGAUCCUAACACGGCGGAUUCGAUGGAGUUGCACAGCAGUGGGUAUACCAAUUUGGAAGUGUGGGCAAACUCUCUGGUCCCCUCGAGCUACCAGUGA